GCAGCAUCACCUGCCGCCAUGGCUGAGCCCGCCACCAAGAAGCAAGGAAUUAAGAAGUGUCGGAGCGCCACUUUUAGCAUCGAUGGCUUCAGCUUCACCAUCGUUGCAAAUGAAGCCGGAGAAAAGCGUCGGCAUCCACUUGCCCGACUCGCACGCUCCAGGUCCCAGAAUUCUCUGGGCUGCUCCGUCACACCCAGUUUGCCCGUCGGUGAGAAGAGAAGCAUCCCGAAGGAUCCUCGGAGCGCCACGGAAAUUCUCGCCGAUGAGCUGCCAAGGGUGGAUUCCUCUGACGCAAUGGAAAAGACGGCCACCAGGUUGCGGUGCCUGGUCAAGCAACUGGAGCGAGGGGAAGCUUCGGUGGGAGUUCUGAAGAGAAACCUGGAGUUCGCUGCCUCUGUGCUGGAGUCCAUCUACAUGGAGGAAGCCAGGCAAAUGACCUGACAUCUGUUGGGGUUUGAAACGGCUGCUGAGGUGUUUUCUUUGCUCCGCAGGCGGAUGGUGGACCUGGAGGAUGAGCUGAGCGACAUCCAGUCGGACUCUGUUCCGUUAGAGGUCCGUGACUGGCUGGCCUCUACGUUCACCCGCCAGAGAGUUCUGGGGCUGCGGCACAACGAAGACAAGCUUCACUUUCGCAGCAUCGUUCACGUGGUGCAGGCUGGCAUCUUCGUGGAGAGGAUGUACAGACGGACCUCGAACUCGGUGGGACUCAAUUACCCCCAAAAUGUCAUCACGGUGUUGAAGCACGUGGACAUGUGGUCCUUUGAUGUGUUCGCCCUGAAUGACGCCAGCCGAGACCACGCUUUGAAGUUUGUCUUCUACGAGCUGCUCACCAGAUACGAUUUGAUCAAUCACUUCAAGGUCCCCGUGGCCUCCCUCCUCUCUUUCGUGGAGUCCCUGGAGGUGGGCUACAGUAAACACAACAACCCCUAUCACAACCUGAUACACGCGGCUGAUGUGACCCAGACGGUCCACUACCUGCUGCUCAAGACCGGGAUGGUGAACUGGCUCAGUGAGUUAGAGAUCUUCGCCGUCGUCUUUGCUGCUGCCAUCCAUGACUACGAACACACGGGGACCACCAAUAACUUCCACAUACAGACCAGAUCAGACACGGCCAUGCUGUACAACGACCGGGCUGUUCUGGAAAACCACCACAUCAGUGCAGCUUAUCGGCUCAUGCAGAGCGAAGGGGAACAUAACAUCUUUGCCAACCUGUCCAAAGACGACUGGAGAGAGCUGCGGUCCCUGGUGGUGGAGAUGGUUCUGGCCACCGACAUGUCCUGUCACUUCCAGCAGAUCAAGACCAUGAAGGGGCUCCUGCAGCAGCCGGAAGCGAUCGACAAGCCCAAAGCGCUGUCUCUGCUGCUGCACACGGCCGACAUCAGCCACCCGGCCAAACGCUGGGACCUCCACCAUCGCUGGACCAUAUCUCUGCUGGAGGAGUUCUUCAGACAGGGUGACAAAGAGGCGGAGCUCGGUCUCCCUUUUUCCCCGCUGUGUGACCGCAAGUCCACCAUGGUGGCCCAGUCUCAAAUAGGCUUCAUAGACUUCAUCGUGGAGCCGACCUUCGCGGUCUUGUCGGAAAUGAUCGAGUCGAUCGUGUCGCCGCUGAUGGAAAUGACGUCUCACUCAGGACCGGAUGGUUUCAGACGCUCCAGUGUGAACAGUAUCACAAGCAACGAGGUGAAACACUCCAACCUGCGAGCGUUUGGCUCCGAGGGAAACUGCGCGCUGACCACUGAGGACUUCAAGAGUUUCAGAGGAACGUGGCAGCAGGAGAUACAGCAAAACAAAGAGACCUGGAAAACACAGGCAGCCAAAGACAAGGCUGACGCUGAAGCGAAAAAGAGCCAGGAAGAAGGCACAGCUGUUUCUGGGAAGACUGACAGCGCAUCGGAACCGAAGGAAGCAGGAAGGCAGGAGGAGAUGGUGCAGCAGCGACCAGGGCCGGACCUCACGCAAGACACAGGCGACAAAAGCCCUGGACCCUCGUCAGCCUCUGGCACAGAGGGCAAAACUGAGAGUCACCCAAAUGAGUCCCAGCCUGAAAGUGCCUUCACUUACUGCUACAAGCGGCCCAGUUACUGCACCAGCUCCUACAGAUUUGUGCGCUCCAAGGUGUCGGACAUGAGGCCCCUCGACCCUCGAGGAAAGGCCAGGAGACUGCAGCGCCUCUGCUUGCGGCGGAGAAAGUAACUUUUCAGCCAGUCACUUGUGUGUGCGAGAGGUUGAAAUGGACC